ACGACGUCUUAAUCCGAGUCAGAUCAUCUGUUAAAGUGAUCUGGCUGGUGUUUACAUCCCAACCGACGGCGGUUUAAUUUAUUUUUAUUCCGUUUAGAAAACCCCCUUGCAAAUUAAGCACGUGUGUGUGUUGGGGGAUCUUUUGUCAAGGGGCGGGAUCACAUCUGAGCAGCGUGUACUUUAAAUAUUGGAAGUUUAUCAAAGAAAUGUCUAUCUAUUUAAUGAGGUCGUGUUCAAAACUUUACAGACAACACCGGUACUCAUCUCAGACCAUCUGUAACAGACCAACGGACAGUGCUGUCUUCUGUACAACACCAAUGAGCAAGCGAUGCAUAGAAAAGUUCCUGGAUUAACGCAGAAUUAGCACAAAGCGGAGACGCCACCUCAGCCCAACAUUGCAACUAGCGGAGAGAGGAAACCAUUGAGGGAGAAGCAGUGUGCACCAGAAACGUAGACACAUACCCCAGCAGCUCAAGACGAGUUCCAGAGAGCACAAGAGACAGGCCAGGACGGGCAUCCUUCCGGAAAGGGGACCCACGCUGAAAACGGCUUCAAAAGCAUGGAGGAAAAACAAUUUUCUGGCAUAUUGAACGGAGCAGUUCCAGGAGAGCCAGUAAAGAAAGAUGAAAACUCCAGAAGGGGAAACUGGGGCAACCAGAUUGAGUUUGUCCUCACCAGUGUUGGAUAUGCAGUGGGGCUGGGAAACGUCUGGAGGUUUCCUUAUCUCUGCUACAGGAAUGGAGGAGGUGCCUUCAUGUUCCCAUACUUCAUCAUGCUGGUGUUUUGUGGCAUCCCUCUGUUCUUCCUGGAGCUCUCCUUUGGGCAGUUCACAUCCCUCGGGUGCCUGGGAGUCUGGAAGGUCAGCCCCAUGUUUAAAGGUGUGGGCUAUGGAAUGAUGGUGGUAUCUACCUACAUUGGGAUUUACUACAAUGUGGUGAUUUGCAUUGCAUUUUAUUACUUCUUCAUGUCCAUGACAAACCUGCUGCCCUGGACAUACUGUAACAACCCCUGGAACACCCCUGACUGCACUGGGGUGGCAGGCUCUCCAAGAGCUAAUGCCACUUUCGCCAAUGUGUCUGCUGUUGUGUCAGGGGUGACUGAGAUAGUCAACCGCACAAAAAGGACAAGUCCUAGUGAAGAGUACUGGAGGAACUAUGUGCUGAAUAUCUCUGAUGGUAUUGGGAACUUUGGGGAGGUGCGUUUACCUAUCCUGGGCUGUCUGGCUGUGUCAUGGGUGGUUGUGUUCCUCUGUCUUAUUCGAGGAGUCAAGUCAUCAGGCAAGGUGGUGUAUUUCACAGCAACCUUCCCUUAUGUGGUGCUGACCAUUCUCUUCAUCAGAGGAAUCACUCUGGAGGGAGCCGUCAGUGGUAUCAAAUACUAUUUGACCCCUCAGUGGGAGAAAAUUCUAGAUGCCAAGGUAUGGGGAGACGCUGCAUCUCAGAUUUUCUAUUCGCUGGGCUGCGCCUGGGGUGGUCUUAUCACCAUGGCAUCAUAUAACAAGUUCCACAAUAACUGUUUUAGAGACAGUAUCAUCAUCAGUGUUACAAACUGUGGUACCAGUGUGUAUGCUGGCUUUGUUAUUUUCUCCAUCCUGGGAUUCAUGGCUAAUCAUCUAGGGGUGGAUGUGUCAGAAGUGGCCGAUCACGGGCCAGGCUUGGCAUUUGUGGCCUACCCGGAGGCUCUAACAUUGCUGCCAAUUUCCCCACUCUGGUCCCUGCUGUUCUUCUUUAUGCUCAUUUUAUUGGGCCUGGGCACUCAGUUCUGUCUACUGGAGACUCUGGUGACGGCUAUUGUAGAUGAGAUUGGAACUGACUGGAUUAUCAAAAAUAAGACCUAUGUCACGCUGGGAGUCGCCAUCAUCGGAUUCCUCCUAGGAGUGCCGCUGACCACACAGGCAGGAAUAUACUGGUUGCUGCUUAUGGACAACUACGCUGCUAGUUUCUCUCUAGUCAUCAUCUCUUGCAUCAUGUGCAUCUGUAUAAUGUAUGUCUAUGGUCACAAGAACUAUUUUAAAGAUGUGGAGAUGAUGCUAGGCUUCCCUCCUCCAAUCUUCUUCAGGAUCUGCUGGAAAUAUGUGUCUCCUUUCAUUAUUACUUUCAUUCUGAUUUUCACCGUGAUACAGUACAAGCCUAUUACCUACAAUGACUAUGUCUACCCCAGCUGGUCAUUGGUCAUUGGGUUUGCCAUGGCUUUGUCUUCAGUGAUCUGUAUACCUAUCUAUGCUCUGUUCAAGAUUGCUGUGUCUGAAGGAUCCACAUUUUUAGAGCGUUUGAAGAACUCUGUAAGGCCCGACCCGGACUGGGGCCCAGCUCUCCAGGAGCACCGCAAAGGCCGAUAUGCCACUACGGGGCCCGAAUCUGUAGAGGUGUGCCCUCUCAAAGAAGACCUAAAGGAUGAGGGGAAAGAGAAACUCAAGGAGAAUGAGACGGAGAAAAAGGAUGAGAUCGGUUUGACCAUCCCAGGAAGCAACGGCUCCACAUUAAACCCCACACCCAGUGCAUAGAGGAGCCCCUCCCCACCCUCCCCCCAGGACGGUUCCCAUUCCCAGUCCACACUGCGGGACAGGCCACUCUCGCUGGAGACCUUUACAUAUUGUAAGGGCUUUAUGAAAUCUAACCUCUAGAGAAAUUGGUUGUCAUCCAAAACCUUUUUCUUUUUGUUCACAUAAUUUAAUACAGCAGUUUUUUUUAAAGACAUGUUCAUAUACAGGAGAUGUUUGCAUACACGCAGUGUGUAUAUAGUGCAUUGUACAAUAUUUUCACUCUGUGUUGAGUAGUCUGGACAUGUGACUGUAGCGGCAGCAGGAGCUACAGUGGGAUUUGGCUUGUGUGUGUGUGUGUGUGUGUGUGUAUAGUGGCGGCAGUGCUGGUCAGGUUUAAUAGCUGAAGACCAAAUAUUCUUUGUGGCAAUGUUGUAAUGGCACUGUUAAGGGGAGUGUUAUUUUCAGUUUCUGUAUUGUACCCAUUUUCUUACUUGGGAACCAUCUCAUUCACAAGACAGUAUGGGUUUUUCAAUGCUGGUGUCUGAGAGCAGGGUGGCUGAUGGUCAAUGUCAAUGGUUAAAUGAUCUUUUAACACCAUAAUAACUACAAAACAGUACAUGUCUGUUAGCCAUUUACUAGCCUACUGUUACAUUUUGAAGCUAACACUUUCGUCAAUCAGCCAAGUAGACUGGCUGAUACUGAUAAAUAAGCAUAGGCCAAGAGAAUAUCAACCUUAUUUCCAUUUAAGUGAGAGCACAAAUACAAAACAAAGGAUAUUUGGUCUUAAGCUCUUACUGACUGAGGUAUCUGGACCGAGGCAUAUAACUUCUCAAGCCCAUUCUCAGGGUUUCACACAAUUUGCUUUUUCGCAAAACAUUUUCCAACACCUUGAGAUGAUUUAUUGCUGAUGUUGAGUGUUUGACAUGAUGAAGAGGGGUUUUCAUGUAGGAACUUCCACAUGAAAUGCCAAAUCUGUCUAGUCUUCCGGGCAUCUUGAGCCGAGGCAUCUCCUGAGCGAGGGGAGCAUGUGUGCGAUAACAGAAGCAGCUAGUUCCACAUUAGAUUCAGUACUGUAGUAUGCACACUAACCCUCCGCUCUACACGGAAAAAGAGGCAUGUUACCAAAAACAUGUGCACAGACCUUUGUGUUCUGAUUUAGUUGGUAUGUUUGUGUUUGUGUGUACUUUUUUGUUGUCUUUGUGUGUUAAGAGACUUGAACUGGUGCGUGUGUGUCAUUUAAAGGCAUCUGGCUAUAACGGAGCUGAACGGUCGUGUGAUCGAAUGCCGAAAUAGGGGGAAAGGUUACAUGUGGAACGACCAGAAGUAAACGUAGCAUCAGUUAAAAUCACUGUGGUUAGUGAAAUUGUCAUUUUAAAAUAACAUGAAAUAGACAAAAGGCCAAACAAUCCAAUUUUCACAAUAGAAACCACAGCAUUUUAUAGUAAUAUGGAGCAUUUCGUUUUGAUUUCGUAGGCUAUAGAGGAGAGAUACUGGUAUGGAGAGUUUGGUCAUAUUGUUGGUAUGGCUAGAUGCCGCAUAUCAUAUCAUUCCAGUGACGUUUCAACAAGAACCCUUUACUUACGAUGCAUACGGUUGUAGUGGCACAUAUACAUGGAUGAAGAGUCCUGGUUACACUGUGAAUUUGUCUGGGAUGUUGCCUGACACCUUUUAACAGGGAGUCUGGCAGUGCAGCUGCUAAUGUGCUGACGCAUCACGUAUUGAAACUUCUGAUUAAACAGUUAAUCACUGUAUAUAGUCGAUUUAAAGUAGUUUGUUUUUUGGUAUUUCUCUCCUGUCUUGUGCGAGGAGAAAUGCAGUAUGUGACGUGCUCUGUCAUUUUGAGUCAGAUUGAGGUGUUUAAGAAAGGCGAAAUUGCUUUGAUGUGCUAAUUUUUGGUAAUACAAAGUCUCAGCUUUCAAAUUAGCUUCUUUUUAUUAUGAAACAAAUUCUAACAUGUCAUUUGAAUGUCACAGACUGCAACAGCUGAGCCUGAGCGCUUUGCUACCGGUUGUCCACCUUUUUCCUGAACGUGGAAGUUUCGCCCUCUGGUGCUUCUAGUCAAAUGAACGUAUUUUUCGAGCUGAUAAUAUAGAGUUAAACCCCUGGAAUUUUUUUUAAAAAGCACAUGGCGUCAUAUUUUCAUCACUUUACAGUGACGCAAUGACCGUGUUUUUGCAGCAACUCACCUGUCAUAAUUUAAUUAGUGGGUAGGUGACACGAAGUGACGCGUGGUUCGCUGCACUGAAAUCAGAUGAGGGCACAUAACCCACAUACAGCUCCUGACCAGAGUGAAGUUUGUGGAAUUUUGUCCACAAAAUAAUAAGAGCACACAGACGGUAUUUUAACUUAAGCGCUGCGCUUUCUUCUAUCAUCGUUUAUGACACGGACAGAAUUGCUGGUACGCAAAACAAGUGCUGUACAGGCAUACCUUGAGCUUAUUAAGCUUAUUAUAUUAAAAACGUAUAAGUUGAAUUAAUUCAGUCGAUAUUUUUUUAUAAAAUCCAUCAUGGCGGCGCUCAUCGGUUGCUCAGGAAAAAGGUGGAUAAUGAAAAAAACGAACAUCAGAAGGUAUGUUGAAAGAUGCAUAACAACUUACUGAAAGUGCAGUCUAUAGUCUCUCAUGUAAUCGUGUUUCAGUCGUGAAUAAAACAGCUUGUGAACAGCAUCACCUGACAUAUUUACCUCAGGAAAGUCAUUCAAGUGUCAACUGAAAAAAAAAAAGUUAGCAUAUGUAGAGGGUUUUCACUUGCGUUGCGUUUUGGAUGAGCAGCCAUGUUGGCGAUACUCGGAUGUAAACAACAGCAUGGAUUGCACGGUUAAUGUGCUACUGAAUAUGUUGUUCUGCUAAUUUAUGCUGUCUAAACCACUGAAAAACGUGUGGAAAAUGAUAAAUCAUAUAGAGAAGGACAUAGUAAGCAGGAAAGGGUACAAUAUUUUGACAAACUAAUGUUAAUAAGUGGUAAAGAUAUGAAUGAGCAAUAUUAAUUACGAUAUUAUCCUAAUGUUUCACCUACCUGACCGGUAAUGAUAAGAACAAACACGAAUGUUGUCAAGAUUCUUACCCUGGAAAUCCUGGUUCAGUUUGCCCAGCCACAAACUCCUUUUGUUAUUCAGACAAUUUUUUGUACUCUUCUCCUUGAUUUGUUAACAUUUGGCAAUCUAUAGUUGUCCAAAUGUUUUUUUCUCAGAUUGACAGAUUAGUACAGCCCAAAACAUGAUUAUAAUUUACUAUUUUCAGCAGCAGUAAUCAGCAAAAUAUGCAAGUUUUGUUCAGUUCAGUGGCACGUCGUGAAAAAACACUCUAUUGGUGAAAUCGUAAAUAUAUGCACCCUAAAUGCAUAUAUUUCAGUAUGCUUCAAAAUAUUAUUUCAGCAAUGGAUCAUAAACAUUUUAAAAAUAUUUUUGAAAGCUUUUUUAUAUUUGAGACUUUGUUUCAGUAAUAAAACUUCAGACGUGUUUCUGGGUCAGUACGAUUCAAAAUGAUGGAGCAGGUCACAGAUAAAGUCAGUAUUCAAAAACCUGAUGGCAUAAUAGUCUACGUCAUUGUUAUAUGUACAUUUUAUUAAUCUCUGCAUGAAGGUAUGAUAUAUAUUUCUAAAGAUUUUAUCCAAAAAUAUACGAAACAAAAUCUAACUUUAAGAUGUAGGGAAAAAAGAGAGAAGAAUAAAAGUAACCCUGCUGCCUAACAGGAGGUAUCGGACACUCAGGGGAGUAGUUAGAGGUUCACUGGUCUUAGCACAACCAUACCUGCAGGUCACAAACUCUAGCUUUUCCUCUGUUAGACAGUUAGACAGCGGGCACGGUAGAUCAGAGCAGCAGUUUUUAGGUGUCGUGAGACUAACAGCACUUUUAUUAACUGGUUCACUUUAGCUGGCUACGUGCGUUGUAGCUACAGUAUGAUUAAUCGCUGUCGGAAAUGUGAAUGCACAAGAUUGAAGCCCUCUCAUUUUUCUGAUGUGUGGUCCUCAGACCUUGAACGUGGCAUGAAGACCAUGUGAACAGACCUUGACUUGCAAACUCUUUAUAACAAUAGACACGUUAUGCAUCAGUGCCAUUCUUGCACUGUUCCCCACCUCUAGUCCUCUCUCUCCAUUGUACAGUAAUGUAAAAAAAAAAAAAAGAAGAAAAAAGUCAAAA